AAAAACAGUUUAGCAGAGGAGAUUUUCUACUUGAGUACGUUGGUGACAGAAUAUCGGUGUCCGAAGCAGAGGCCAGAGAAAACAAACAUCCAGGAAACAUUAUGUUUUACUUUACCUACGAUGGAAAGAAACAGUGAAAGUUCAGAUUCCGAUCCAUUUGACACGAAAGAAUGGGUGUCCGACAGCUCCACAAGCUCAGAUCAAGAGAUGGAAUCAGAUGAGUUUCUAAGUGACAACAGUUUGGAUAAACAUGGACUUGAAGCUGAAGAAAUUAAGGAGCCAGUCAUGUCUAAAGAUGGAAGUGAAAACGGUCAACCAGACAAUGCUUAUGAAGAUUCCAAUUUAAGUGAUUGUUCUGCAAUAGUGCCCAUGCAAAGCGCAGUGAAAGAUUCAGUAAAAGAGCAGGUCAAUGUUACAGCAAACACGAAGGCAAAGAAUAAAAAGGUAACACGUGUAAUAAACAUCUUGACUCAUGUGAUUGCAGUUUGCAUUCAGUUAGCAGAUAAAUUAUCGUGUGAGGAAUAACCACUUACAGAAACCAGGCAGAUUCUGCAUUUUUGUAAGAGUGCAGUGCAUGGCGGAAAGCUUAAGAGGCACAUCAUCAUGAAACAUAAAGAGAAAACAGAAGUUCAGGAUAUAUUAUCAAAACCACGCCAAAAUUCAUUUUUUG